GUUUACACUUUGUACUACGGUAAAAGAUGGGCGCUACAUCCACGACCUGCCAGUGAAGCUUGUUGGGAUAACUCUGUGUUUUGCUGGUCUGUGUUACAUCAGUAGUCAUAAUGAUUACUCCCGCGUUCGACCUGAGCCAAGAUCCAGAAUUCCUGAUCCUCAGCAUCCGCGUGCCCUACACCAGAACAUCAGAGUUUGACCUUUACAUCGAUGGAACCGAUUUCAAGUUCUUUGCCAAGCCCUACUUUCUCAGAUUGUCUCUUCCUGGAAGAAUAGUGGAGGAUGGGAGAGAAAAAGCCAAGUUUGACAUUGAUAAAGGUCUCGUCACUCUUCGGGUCCCAAAGGAAACAGCUGGAGAGCACUUUGAGGGACUCCAGAUGCUGACGAGUCUCCUCGCCCCGAAAGGCUCCCGUUCAGCAAAACCACUCAUAGAGGACUUAAGCACAGGAUGCAGUGAAGGCGCGGGAGAUGAUGAUGAAGAAGAAGAAGAAGAAGAAGAUGAGGAAGACUUUGACUGGCAGGUUGAGCAGGAGGUGUACAAGGAGAGCUCAGAGGAGGAGCUGGGAGCCCUGCAGAAAUAUGGCUUUGGCAACCAGAGGUGUGGAGUGUUUGCAAGAUUACAGGAGGAACUGAGCGACGUGACGGAUGUCAAGAACCCAGAGGGAACGACGGCAGCAGAGAGGAGGCAGGCACGGCUCCACGCAGAGGCCUCUGCUUUUUCUGCUGACCAUUACCUGGCUGAUUUGUUUGAGGAUGAUGAGAUAAAGAGGCUGCUGAAGUUUAAGCCAUGGUGGGACAAGCUGAGUCCUUCGACUGAGCAGGACGGGGAAGCUGCUGUAUCAUUCACCGACGAUGAGAAGGAGCAGCUGAGGAAAUUCACCAACCGCUCGUACCUGCUGGACAAGACGUCCCGUCACCAAGUGUGGCUCAGCCUGGUGGACGUCCUGCUGGCUUACUGCUACGAAGCGCGCUCCACGGAGGGAGAGCACAACGUUGAGUCCCCGUGGACUAUCAGAAAACUCAGUGGGACUCUCUGCUGGCUGGAGACCUACGGCUCCUUGCAAGACGUCCUGGUGUCAUUUGGACGGAGGGUUUUGUGCUACCCACUCUAUAGACACUUUAAAAUGGUAUCAGCGGCUGUUCGUGACACAACAAAGAUUUUGCAGUCAGGGAAAGCCUGUGUCCUCAAAUGCCUGCUGGAUAUUCACAGAGUGUUCCGAGAGAACGACCCAGCCUACAUACUGAACGAUCUGUACAUCACAGACUACUGCGUCUGGAUCCAGAGGGUCAAGUCAAAGAAGUUGUCAGCGUUGGCCGUGACGUUACAAAAAGCCUCCCUGCAGAAAAAGGACUUGGAGCUGGAACUCGAGGAGCUAGAGGAGGCAGCGACAAUGGUGGCCGAGGAGGAGGAGGAGGAGGAGGAAGAGGGAGCAGCCUCUGACUGCGCUCCGACAUCCCACAGUGACAGCAGCGGAGAUUCCAGCAGCAGCAGUGAGUCGUCCGAUGAGAGCGAGGAAUCUGAGGCUGAAGGGGAAAGCUGCACCGAAUCCAACAAGGGGGGGGGGGGAGGGGGAGGAGGAGGGGGGGCGUCUAAGGACAACCCUCCACAGCCCCAGCCCUUCUCUGCUGCCUCUCCCAUCCCCCAGGAGCCCACGAGCACACUCCUCUCAGCGGAGAGGGAGGCGGAGUGUGCCCUCCCCUCAGCCUCAGAAGGCUCCAGCCUGCUGAUCCAGGAGCUGGGGGAACGGGUGGCGGAGGAGCUGAGAAUCUCUCCAGACUCCAGCUGCCGCGAAGCAGAGAGAACAGAUUCACGGGUGAACAGCGGAGCAGCGAAAGAAGACGCAACACCGGGGAGGAGGAGGAGGAGGAGCAGCGGGACUUUGUUAGAGCCGAGUCCUCGCAGAAACCCCCUGCUCAUCGUCCAAACACGGGAGGAUCUCGAUGAGAGCGACUUCAUCUGCUGAGAGACGAUGUUGUGGAACCUGGGAGCUACGUGAUGAAUUAUUAACUGACUCUGUGUAAGAACAUGAGACUAUUUGGUUUUUGAUGACUUCAAUUCGAAACAAUUUUUGGUGCUGCAACCCUCCUCUAAAAUUGACUUUAAAUAAUGAUAUUCUCUUACUUCAUUUUGAUAUGUUUGUUUAAAGAGCAAGUGUAUGCUUUUGUCAUUUAGAGUAUAGAAGAGAGAGGCAGCGUACUUCUUCUGCCUCAUGUGUUAUCUGACUUUUUUUUUUCUUCUGCAUUCUACAUGCUCCACAAAUAUAUUUCCACUCUCUGAACAUGCUGUGUUUGAGUUUAUAUGAAUUAUUUCUGCUUUAGUUUGUGAACUAGACCUCCGCUGUUAGUGUGUAUCUUCUCUCCUACCCACGCGUAUAGCCAUAGUAACAAACUCAGUCUAUAAAUGCAUGUUAGGCUCGAAAUGAAACCGAACAGGAAUGUCAUUCCAGGGACCUGACAAACAUGGUGACUGACAAACGAGGUGGUUUCGGAGCUACUUUUAGGGAGCUUUUCUUUUCCCAAUAAAUAGAAGGAGAAGCUCUAACUGCUUUCCCAAAGCAUUGAUUGAAGUGGAAAAGACUCUUGUCGGCACUAAACGGAGCUGUGGGCCGCGCGGGAGUGAUCGAUUCAUCUGGCACGAACGGCGGAGCGUCGUCGACACGGCUCAAUUUCGCCGGCCGCGUCUAGAGUGGCGAGAGAAAA